GGGGCUUCUCCGGAGUCGAACAAAGCCGGCACUGAGUGGGGCAGCGGCGCCCGGGCCGGGGCCGGGGCCGGGCGGCCAGAGGAGAAGGAGGGCAAGUGGGGGCACAUUUUCUCCCCGGCCCGGGGCCCUCCUCGUCGGCCCCCCGCGUCGCGCCCAUGAACGGGUUGCCGGGGGGGCCUGCGCCCGCACCCGCGCCCUUGGGCUGCCCGCUGGAGGGGCUUCCGCCGCUGCCUCGGGGUCUCAGCGGCCUCCUCAACUCGAGCGGGGGCUCGUGGAGGGACCUGGAGCGCGUCUACAGCCAGCGGAACCGCAUCCAAGACGAGCUGAGCCGGGCUGGCCGCGCCCCUGAGGGACCCUCGCAGCCCCCGCGCCGCCCCGCCAACCUGGACUCGGCGCUGGCAGUGCUGCGGAAGGAGAUGGUGGGCCUUCGCCAGCUUGACAUGUCCCUGCUGUGCCAGCUCUGCUCCCUACACGAGUCCAUCCAAGACUACAAGCACCUGUGCCAAGACAUGAGCCUCUGCCAGGACAUGUCCUCAUCUCUGCACUCAGACAGCUCCUACCCUCCGGACACCGGCUUCUCUGAUGAUGAGGAUGAGCCACCGGACUGCAGCCUGCCCCGGGACCCGCCCCCUCUCCGAGUCCCCCAAACUCACAAUUCCCGGGACAAGUGGCUGCAGGACUCAUUCAGUCUGUGAGGAUGCCCAGUCCUGGUGCCCUCUGGAGGCCCAUCGAGGCCAGGCUCCACCGGCGGAGCCAGGGCCUAACCUGUUCUGUCUCCCCUAACAUAGUGCCUGGCAGGUACACACACACAUACACACUCACACACUCUCUCUCUCUUUCUCUCUAUCUCUCUCUCUCUCCCUCCCUCCCCCUGAGCCCUCUGAUCUCUCACUGUGCUAGAUACUGGGAAUGGCUAGGGCCCAAAGGUGGGAGAAGCUGGUUUCUCUACUUUCUCUUUCAGUUGCCUCUCUCUCAGGAAAGAUACUGACUUGCUGGAGAUCCAGGCUCUGAUUUAUUUCCCACUCACUCCUAGCCCCAGCCAUUGGUGGAUUCACCCCAUCCACCCCCAUGCCCUUCUCCUCUGCUGCCCUUCAAGGGCUCCCAGGUAAGCUCAGCUCUUCUAAGGCCCCUCACUUGGGCAAGGGAAGAAGCAUCUGAGGGACCUUCAUUCUUGGCACCUCAGACAGACCCCAAGAGCCUCUCCUGCCACCAACAGUCAGCUCGGCUUGGGAUCCAAAAGGAAGCUAGCUGGCUCUGCUGUGGGGGCAAAUAGCAGAACAGCACCAUAACCCAUUUAAUGCUGCUCUGCUGGGAGUAGCAUCCAGCAAGCUGUGGGAUCAUAUAUAGUGCUGGCUUGGCUAUUGGGCAAGACCUGCCCCUCCCCUGCACCCAAGGUCGGCCUUGCUCCCCACCUGGUAAUGGGGAAGGUUGGGGCUCAGGACUAUACCCAAUAUUUAACAUGGUGGGGCCUCAGCCCUGGGACCCUGCAAAGAAAUAAAUGGCUCUUGUCUCUGCUCA